UUAAAACACGAAGCACACAAAUAUAGUCACACACACACAGAGAUGAACAGAAACAUAUGACAUAACUUUCCAAUGGAGAUCAAGCAGAAGAAGCUAUGGUUUUCUUUAAUUCUGCUCUCUGUAAUUACUACAACGGCUUUGGGGGAAUUUGGUGGACCAUUACUGAAGGGUUUCUACAAAGAGAGUUGCCCUUUAGCAGAGGAAAUCGUGAAGCAUAACGUUGAGGUUGCUGUUCUCAAAGAUCCUCGUAUGGCGGCUUCUCUUCUUCGUCUUCAGUUCCACGAUUGCUUCGUCUUGGGUUGUGAUGCAUCUGUGCUCUUGGACACACAUGGAGAUAUGGUGAGUGAGAAACAAGCAACUCCAAAUGUGAACUCUUUGCGUGGAUUUGAAGUAAUUGACUACAUUAAGUACCUCCUCGAAGAUGCUUGUCCUCUAACCGUCUCCUGUUCCGAUAUCCUCACCAUGGCCGCUCGUGACUCAGUCUUCCUGAGAGGUGGACCAUGGUGGGAAGUUUUGCUAGGGAGAAGAGACUCAUUAAAGGCAAGCUUCGCAGGCGCAAACCAAUUUAUUCCGGCACCAAACUCCUCCCUCGAUAGCCUCAUCGUCAAUUUCAAGCAACAAGGCCUCAACGUUCAAGAUCUCAUCGCACUUUCGGGAGCUCAUACAAUAGGUAAAGCGAGAUGCGUGAGCUUCAAGCAACGCAUAGUUCAACCAAACAUGGAACAAACGUUCUACGUCGAUGAGUUCAAGAGACAGAGCACAUUCAGACGAGUUCUACGGUCACAAUGCAAAGAUUCAAGCCGGGACAACGAACUCUCUCCAUUGGAUAUCAAGACGCCAGCUUACUUUGACAACCAUUAUUUCAUCAAUCUGUUAGAGGGGAAAGGGCUGUUGAUAUCGGAUAACGUUCUGGUCACAGAAGAUCAUGAGGGAGAGAUCUUUAGGAAGGUAUGGGAAUAUGCGGUUGAUCAAGAUAUUUUCUUCAUGGAUUUUGUGGAAUCCAUGUUGAAAAUGGGUAGCAUUAAUGUCCUUACAGGUGUUGAAGGUGAAAUCAGGGAGAACUGUAGAUUUGUCAAUGUCUGAAUUCAAAGAGUAUUAUCAUUACAAAUUGUUUUCACUUUACAAUUAUUCAACCAAGAUUUAUGUUAUGAGUUUUGCCGGUUUAUCAACAAUUAAAAUGGUCUGUACAUUGGAAUAUACUGCUUCAGCCAAGUGUGUUUAAUUAAACUCAGUGUCGUUCAGAGUUGCAA